UCUUUACGAUCUCAAUCGACAGCCUCUCUGUGCCCUCGACAGGUUGUAUUGCACUGAUUGUGCCAAGCGUCAUGGACGCGAGCGGUGCGCGUGUUGGGAGCUACGAUUCAUUUGUGUAGACCACGUUGGGCCACAUUCGUCACGCUGUUAAACACGUUUGUUCGACGUCGAGAUAUGCCUUGCGACAACGUGCUUGGCGCGACGAGAUGAUACUUUAUUACAGACGCGACACGUUAGAAUUUUUGGAGUAGAUCGCGCAGACUGGCUCCGCGGGGCAAUGAGCAAAAUGUCUUGGCUCGGUUGGUCGGCGGACAUCAAGAAGAGGGCCUGCAGAUACUUACUGCAGCGUUACCUCGGCCAAUUCCUCGAAGAGCUCACGUUGGAUCAAUUGACCGUCGAUCUAUACAAUGGCACGGGACGUGUCGUCAACGUCAGUCUCGAUGUGCAAGCACUCAAUGAAAUGGGGGAGCAACAACAUCUCCCACUGGAAUUUGUCGAUGGUUUUAUAAUGGAGAUAUCUCUUAGUAUACCAUGGUCGGCAUUACUUAGUCAAGCAAGUUAUGUAGAAGUCAAGGGUCUCAGACUUACGGUACAACCGCGACAAAGAAUCGAAACAGGAACAUCGAUGUUCGAAUCUAUGUGGAGUUCCAUGACGUCCAGUAUGCAACUCGCUCAGGAGUGUUUACAACAAGACGCGGCCAAUGCGGGAAAUGCUCAACCCUUAGAGGCAGUGGAACUGUUUGCACAGACUAUAGAUUCAAUUUUAUCUAGGGUCAAAGUGAGAUUUAUCGAUACUGUGAUACGUUUUGAACACGUACCUUUGAAUUCUUCCACGGGAGUAGCGAUCGAAGUAUGGAUACAAAAUCUUGAAUAUUCUGAUGAGGCUGGAUUAGAUCCUAGUAAUACAUCUCUGGAUCCCAACGAAUCUGCGAAAGGUUACAUCAUUUCAGCGUUUUCCACUAAGCGUUUAUACAUGGAGGGAGUAACUUUUCAUACUGAUGAAUUUCCCUCGCACGCGAGAACGUUCUCUAGAAGUAUGUUGGCUAGUACGUGCUCUACUCCCGAUUCUAAGAACUCGGACAGUCUAUUUACCUCCGCACAAAUGUCUCCUACACAGAGCAUUCUGCACACUCCUCCAGAUGGAAAUGUUAACAACUCGAACGAAUCAAAUCCUAUUAUGUUUGCUAAGCUAGCAGGUAGACAAGAAGUGAGAUUAAAAAUGAAACAAGGAGAAGGAAUAUCGGGACCAAAGGUAGAACUGGAAAUUACUCUAGGAUCGCUUACUUUGUUCCUGAGUCCUAGGCAGCUUCAUGCUUUACUAGAAUUAGCGCAUGGCCUAGCAUCUCCAGAUCUAGAAGAUGUCAGUAAUGUCGUUCCAAGAAGAUACACGGAAAAACCUAUGGCUGGCAGUGAUUUCAAUCGUAUAGAACGUGAGCUUAUUCAUCAAACACAUCCUAUGCAAGAUUUGAAGACCACAGAUCUACGAUACGCUCAAGGAUGGUCUACUGGAUCUGUGGACGAAUCUGAUAACGAGGACGAAUUCCUACCAAUGAAAUUGGCAGGAUCUUCUUCGAUGUGUGAUUCGAUCACAAGCAAUAAUUUAAGUAUGGAGGGCAGCAUAUCAAUCAGCAGCAUUAGUUCAAAAAGUUCGGCAACGAAUCUACCAAGACAUAAUAGACACAGACACAACAUAGACAACGACACGUCCGCUGAGACUACCCAAUUUCACAUAAGGGUGUCUUCCAUCGCUCUAGUUCUAUUGCACGAAGAUAUACUGACGCCAUGCGUGGAACAAGUCGGUCUAACUUCUAGCAGUAUAAGACAGAUGAGAAACGCGGCGAAGGAAUUUUUCAGGCAAUUAGGAACGUUUGCAAUGGGCGGCUAUGGAAGUAAAGAUUUUGAUACGGCGUCAAAAUUACUCACAGAGGCUUGUCGACUUAGUCAUAUUAGAUUACUAGCUGCACCACUAGUAGUCGAGGGCAGUGAAAAGACUACUAAUCAGUUCUCCGCGAUAUCAGGAAGUUUGACUUUAGCUUGUUUAGAAGUUCUAGAAUGUUUGGUUGACUCUAACAAUCCUAGCUCGUAUAGAACACCAUCGAUGGAGUUUGUUGAGCUAUUAGCGUUUACAAAAGCAAAUACAACUAAUAUCGGAUUUUCCAACAAAACUGAUUUUAGAAUGAGAUUUAAAUAUACGCAAAAGGCUGUUCGACAUACUCACAUGACGAAAUUUGCACAUCCACGCACAGAAUUCGACAUUCAACUGGAACCCUGCAGAGGCGAAGUAGACAUUACUAUUGUAGAUAGGAUAUCUGCUAUUCUUAAUCCGCAGCCAAUAUGUACUUACAAUACUGUAAUAAAUGCUAGAGAUUCUAAUCAACAGACAUUAUUUGAUCAAGCUGUGGACAGUACAACACUGCCAGAUUCUAGAGUAGAUGUCAAAAUCUCUUCAUCAUCAUGUACAAUCAAAUUGAGAUUCCCCGUACCAGAUUUAAGACCACUGCACGAUAUGAAUCGUGCGCCAUGGUGGAAGAGAUCUGUGAGAUCUGAUUAUAUGAUGGUGCAAAUGACAGAUGCACAAGUUCACUCUACUGUGGACAGCCGAUCUCAUUAUCUAGCUAAGCAUGAACUGCAAUGUCGGCGACUAUCAUUAUUGUACAUAGAAACCGAGGGUGACACGCCAAUCGAAAUUGGUCUAGCUACAGCCGACGAGAAAAACGAUGCCGCCGCGUCGGGUCAGCAAGUCAAUGACGAUCUUGGUUGGGCGAGAGUGGUGGUUAUUAUGUAUCCAGAACGUCUUGGUGCUCCAUUAGAGGAUAGUUCUGAAGAAGAAAUAGAGAAUGAUAAACGGAUUUUAGACGAUACCUUGGAGAAAACUCCAAAACAUGCGCCUUCCCCGUUCACCUCUAGACGAAUUAUGCGUGAAUCCGACACACUUCAUUCAAAAUCUCACAGUCAGAACAACGAACAUGGUCAAAAGUAUGAACAAAGUGACGGUGAGGAACUAAUUAUACCUGGCAAUCGACAAGAAAUGUUGGAAUUUAUCGACGAAGGCAUACAUGGUUCUAGAUUACAAUUGGAAAUCAAUUUACCUUGUGCUUCCGUCCAGAUACCGUCUAAACGCAUUUACGAACAACUGUACAAUCGAUUCAACACUGAUUUGUUCUUAUGGGAACCGUCUGCGCCCAGGCCCAAGUAUACCACUCAUAUGGAAAGUCACAUUGGCCUCGACCUGGCAUCUACUCUCUUACAAGAGUCUACUUAUCCCAAAUUCAGCAUGUGCAAAAGCGGGAUCCAGUAUAAUUCUGACUCUGAUUCGGACGAGGAAGGUAUAUUUCAUUCUGCAACGAACGAGAAGAGUCACAAAGAGGCACGAAUGUCUUCUAAGAAAGCACAGAGCAAGUUGGCAAUGACUCUAAGCAUCAAUCAGGGUCUCCUGUCUAUGUAUACUCCCGUGCGUGACUCUAUGCGUAAUGUUAUACCUGGGCAACAAGGUGAAUUGAUCAUACGACUAGAGGAUGCCACGAUAUUUUCAGUGACAGCGUACAAGGGGAAUGCUAAUCUGAGUUACGCUUGCACUAUGAUGAGGAAUGUAUCACUGGAUCACUGUGGUCUGACGACAAGCCCAUCGCAGACACCACCGUUGAGGUGUAUUAAUAGCGUUAGGCCACGAUAUUGUGAGAGAACGAUAUACUGCAGCACAUCCGGUAGUAAUAUAGCAGCGAAUCCUAACGAUAAGGACAUGGUGACAGUCGCAGUGAGAGUACAAGCGGCUCAUCAGACGCACCGUAUAAAGACUUUCCGAGUUGCGAUAGGUAUAAGCAAUGCUACAUUGAGGCACCGAAUGUGUUCUGCCGCUACUUCGUGGUUCACGGAAUUGAUGGAUUGCUUGGACGUGGCAGAUCAUCCUGUCGCCGGCUAUACACCGCCGGGCGUUCUGACUGAGUUGCAUUUGCAUCUCUGGGACUGCGCGAUCGAUUAUAGACCACUUCAUCUACCUCUAAAGUCUGUUGUGACCCUCGGUAAUUUCAGCGUGUCAAGCAAUAUUACAGCACAGACUAAUACGUCAACAUUGCGUUUUAUCGCAGAGGAUGUCGCGCUCUUUAUAUCAGACAAGCUGCGUGAAAAAUUGGUGAAUCUAAAACGGGAUUAUGUGUGUGUAAUGAAUUUCGGCCUGUUUGAAUUAUCUUUACGUUUAAACGAGAGGAUGUAUGGUGGCGUGCCACGGGUCGAUCUUCGGGCAAGCAACAAUGUGUUGCAUGUACGCACGUGCUCGGACUCCGGUCGCGCUCUCAUGCAACUACUGACUUACAUCGCCAACGACGGUGAUUUGCAACAGCCGAAUAGCACGAUCAACAGCAGUACUGAAAGUAUCCCCACCGUGCCACCGGCAUCUACGAGAUAUGAGGAAAAUCUUCUUAGUGUCGAGAGUAUUAACACUCUCAGCAGGAGUCAGGUAGAGCGAGUCUACAGUCUAAUGGAGGAUGCGUUGGAAGAAACUGUAAAAGGAACGACAACCCAGAGUGGUAACGAAAGCGAGAAGAUACCAAUGACCGAAAAUCGAGUUGAGUUCUUCUUUCCUGAUGAUUCAUGUGCUACUAUGCGAGAGACAGAGACGCAAAAAAGUUCGCAAGAAUGCAAUAAAACGAUUGCAUGCAGUGUGGAAGACGAUGAUGACGAUGAUGAAUUUUGUAUCUUAGGAGAAGAGGCUGGUACAGGAAUAAUACCACGUUAUGGAGUACCUGAGGUUCGAUUGUUAUGCCAAGAACCAUUGAGGAUAGUGGAUAAUCACUUUUCCGUGCCGAUCGGCAAAACUGAUUUAUUGCAAACUCCGCCUAAUUAUCCUGCCCCAGUAUUGAAAUACACCCUUUGCGAAAUGACGUUGAUAUGGCACAUGUAUGGUGGUAAUGAUUUCGAUAGUUCUCAACAACAAUCUGCAAAGCACGUGAUCAUCAAUGAUAACAUUCGCAACAAUAUUAUGCAUGGAAGAAGUAGAUCAGCUAUAGGUGCAGUAGGCUUCAAUAAGUCUAGUCCGAACGAAGUACACUUUGGCAGCGUGCCAAACUCGCCGCGUGCAACGAGAAGCAACGAAUCAUUGAUCGAUUGGCAUACGUUAGGUGGCCCGGGUCGGCAGCACGACGUGCUGAUGGAACUGCAAUUGAGCAAGGUUCGCUUCCAGCACGAGGUCUAUCCAGAAAAUACCCGAGAAGCGUCCAGGCAAGUGCUACUGGUGCACGAGAUUGAAGUAAGGGAUAGACUGGCAUCGUCACACAUAAACAAAUUUCUUUAUCAAUAUAGCAGCGAAGCGAAACCAAGGCAGUCUCACUCUAUUAUGUUUACCAUGAAAGCAGUUCACGUAAGGCCGGAUCCCAGAUUAAGUGCCCAAGAAUGUUGUUUGAAACUUAGUCUACUGCCACUGCGACUGAACAUAGACCAAGAUAGCCUACUGUUCUUAAUACAAUUUUUUAACGAAUUAGGCGGUGGAUCGAAGCGAAAUCAAGAAAGCUCUAGCACACCUAAUAGCUCGCAAUCCACCCCCGUAUCGAAACAAGGAACACCUACGCAUCAUCCGCCCAUUAUGAGCGUGAAUGAUGAUGCGGUGAUGAAUGACGCGAUGAUGAAUAUAUCGCAGAAUAAUAUCAUUGAUCAGAAUCUGUUGAUACUCUUGGAAGACGAACUGACAUUCAGGGAGAAAAAGAUUAAAACAAAGACUAUCCAUCAGGUCCACGAUGAUAGUCAACCGAUAUAUUUUAGAAAUGUUGUAUUCAGUCCAGAAGUUCUCAUUAGAUUGGAUUAUCACGGGAAACGUAUGGAUUUUACUCAUGGACCGUUGGCGGGUCUAUUGAUGGGCUUGGCGGAACUGAACUGUUCUGAAUUAAGACUGAAGAGAUUAUCGUAUAGGCACGGAUUGUUGGGUUACGACAAACUUUUUACAUAUCUAGUUUCGGAAUGGUUGCAAGAUAUCAAGAAGAAUCAACUCCCGAGUUUACUUGGUGGCGUGGGCCCGAUGUAUUCUGUAGUACAGCUGUUUCAAGGAAUACGCGAUCUAUUUUGGUUACCAAUCGAACAGUAUCAGAGAGACGGGAGAAUUGUCCGCGGGUUACAACGCGGAGCAAAUAGUUUUACAACAUGUACCGCAAUGGCUGCAUUGGAAUUGACAUGUAGAAUCGUGCAGGCGUUACAGACUACAGCCGAGACUGCGUACGAUAUAGUUAGUCCUGGUCCCAGUGUUAAAUGUAAGAGCAAAGGGCAGAAGGGUCGUCGAAAGAGAUAUAGUCAGCCACUGGAUAUUCGAGAGGGGGUGGCUAACGCUUAUACAUUAGUCAAAGAGGGUUUAGGCGAGACUGCGACUCAACUGGUUCGCGUGGCAAGUGAGGAACACGAGCACAAGGGCACUGUCGGUGCUGUUGGCGGUGUAUUACGACAAAUUCCACCGACGGUUGUGAAACCGAUUAUUCUGGCCACCGAGGCAACGAGCAACGUAUUGGGUGGCAUGCGAUCAUCGUUAGUACCCGAUGCACGUCGAGAGGCAGUACAAAAGUGGCGGCAAGAUUCCGAUACGUGUUAAUCCCGUCGAUACAGAGUGGGAAAAUUGUUAAAUCAUUAUCGGAUUGUCAAUCAAUUUCGCUCAAACAACGCUUUUUGAUCGCAGCCAGUUAGGCCGAGCCACUUUUUAUUGUAAAAUAUUCAUGACAUAUAUAUAUAUGUAUGGAAAAAGAAUAUUAAGUAUAGGAUAAGAGUGCCAUACGUUUGCAUUACGUUUGGCGAUAUUGUGAUUAUUCUCACUAGAUCUAUGCGAAUUAUUAUCGUUCGGUCUGUGCAAUUAGGCCUCGAAGGAAUCAAAGAAUCAGAAAAGAGUGCAAAGAACCGACAGACCUAAAGACGGAUCGUCAAUAGACGACGAAAUACAAGAGGAAUCGCCAUUGGGUCCUAAUUAUGAAUAUUAUAUUGUUGACGUAGUCAAAUCGGUUCCAUUCAUUUUUUGUACAUUAUGAAAAGUGUGCGACGCAUCUGGCAGAGAUUUAAUGAUAAAUCACUUAGUUAAAAAUUUUCGCUAAUUUCGUUACAAUUGUACAAAAUACUUGUUACACUUGUAGAAUAUAAAGAUAGCUAAGCUCUAUACCGCAAAGGAAUAUAUUACAUUGCUUCUAUAUAUUCC